AUGACUUCCAAGCUGGCUGUUGCUCUUCUGGCAACCAUCCUGCUCUCUGCAUCUCUGCACGAAGCUACAAUUCUGCCGAGAGUAGAAUCAGAACUCCGAUGCCUGUGCGUUGGUAUGCACUAUGUACCUUUCCACCCCAAUUAUAUCAGGGAACUGAGAGUGAUUGAGAGUGGACCACACUGUGAUCAUUCAGAAAUCAUUGUGAAGUUGUACAAUGAAACAUCACUCUGCCUGAACCCUGAGGAACAGUGGGUGCAGGACACUGUACAGGUAUUUUUAGAGAGAGCUGAGAAGAAAGAGACAUAA